UUUAAAUUUCGUUUCUUUUUCCCCUGAGAUUUAGUUAGACUGAGAAGGAGGGGGAGGAAGGGUAGAGACGAACAGCAGUUGCUUGCUAAACCCUCUAUAGCAAAAGGGGAAGAGAGUUAAAAAAGAAAAAAAGAAAAAAAACUCGCGAGAUUGAGUACAAUUCACAAGUAGUAGUAGCAGAAGAAGAAGAUAGCUUCCAGGGUUUGGUUUUGAAAAUAUUUUUUUUGCUGGCUUUGGAAGGGAGUUUGGGCAAGUGGGCUUUGUUUUUUUUUAGAGAGAGAAAAGAGAAAGGUAGAGGACGAAGGAUGUUAGUAAAGACAAGGAGAUGCUGGUUACUAUCAAUUUUUGGCGUAUAAUAGGAGGGGAGUCGCUGUCUUUCUUUCGGUGAUGAAUGGAGAGCUUUGAGAGAAUAGAAGCGGCAGCGGCAGCGGAAGGAGAAGAAACAGAGUCCUGACAGGAGAGCAGAGUGUGUUGGGAAUCAUCAAUUUCAGGAGAAAAGAAGGACCCAUGCUUUUCAAUUGAGAAGCAGAAGAAGAAGCCAGGUGAUUUCAAGCUCUGAAGAAAAAAAAAAAUGGAUUUCACAGAGUCCACAAAGGCUGUGUACAGCAGGAUACAACAAAUAGACCCAGAAAACGUCUCCAAGAUCAUAGGCUACCUCCUCUUACAAGACCAGGGGGAGCGAGAGAUGGUUCGGUUAGCCUUUGGACCGGAUAAUUCGAUCUACUCAUUGGUUCACAGGGCCAAAUCAGACCUCGGCUUGAUGAUGAACAACAACAACAACAAGCAGCAGCAGCAGCCUGCAGAAGUAGCAGUAGUCCCUCUUCAUCAUCACUAUGCUCCUAAUUACUCCGAAUUCGUCCCUAACUACUCCGAUCAAAUGCAACAGUUUUUUACCAUGGAUGACCCUAAUCCGGUCAACUUCUUCUACCCCGAGUCAGGUAGAAGAACGAGCAGAAGGUCGCCCAGCCUGCCUGAGUUUCCGGUCAAGAUGUGUCAUUACUACAGCAAAGGGUUCUGCAAGCACGGCAGCAGCUGCAGGUACUUCCAUCACGGGGUUUCCACGUCGGACAUUUUCAAACAGUCGUCCUCUGCUGACAUCAUGGAGGAGCAUAACAAUCAUGUGGUCUCCCCUGGUUCGCUGGAGAGGCUGGAAUUGGAGCUGACCGAGCUGCUGAAAUCAAGAAGAGGGGUGCCGGUUUCCAUAGCCUCGCUGCCCAUGAUGUACUAUGAUAAGUACGGGAGGACACUUCAGGCCGAAGGGUAUCUCACCGAGAGCCAAAGGCAUGGAAAGGCUGGGUUUAGCUUGACGAAGCUCCUGGCUCGGCUGAGGCACAGUAUUCGCCUCAUCGACAGGCCUCACGGGCAGCACUCAGUGAUGCUAGCAGAAGAUGUGCCGAAAUACUUGGAAUGCGCGGCGGGCGAAAGGAAUGAUCCUGGUGGGAUCGUGGCUGGUUCUAAGCAGAUAUAUCUCACAUUUCCUGCUGAGAGUACUUUCACUGAGCAUGAUGUUUCCAACUACUUCAGCAAAUUCGGCGCAGUUCAGGAUGUCAGGAUUCCGUCCCAGCAGAAGAGAAUGUUUGGGUUCGUUACUUUUGUUUUCGAGCAGACGGUGAAGCAGAUACUGGCCAAAGGGAACCCACAUUUUGUGUGUGGUGCUCGUGUGCUCGUCAAGCCUUACCGGGAGAAGUCGAGGCUGUUCGAUAGGAAGUACUACUCUGAGAAGAUGCAUCAGUCCAUGUGUUACCACAACUCGCACUAUAUCGAUGGAGAUUCUGAGCUUGGUUACCCAAGUUUUAGCUCGAGGCUAAUGAGGAGGCAGCUCAUUGAGGAACAAGAGCAAGCUCUUGAGUUUGAGAGAAGGCGUUUAUCGGAGAUGCAAUUGACCAGCACGAAGACGGCUCUGAACCACCGCUCCUUCUUUGGAUACUCGAUGGUCGACGAGUUGAAGCUCCCAGAAGGCACUUCAGAAGCGGGUGAUUUCCCUUCUGCAGAGCGGCUGAACUACUUGCUAGAUGUCCUGAGCGAAGACAAGGUUAGGAAUGCUAGUGGGAAUUACCACGAACAAGAUAGCAACAAUGUCAAUGGUAAUGGUGGUGGGGGAGGCCAUGGACUUAAUCUACCAGAGAGCCCCUUUGCAGCUCCAAUAGGGAGUGGGAUUUCCACAGUAAUGUAGAGAAAACAAGGUAAAAAGCUAGUGGCCUACCUACUUAUUAUAGAAGAUAGAAGAGGACUGAAGGUUGUCAGGACAAUAUUGAUACUACAACAGGACCAUUAAUAGCACAUCCAUCCCCUUGAUUUUGUGUUCAUCUGAGAACUUUGCAUGAAGUUGAUUCUGGGAUGCCUGCGGAUUAGCUUGAUAGUCUACUCACUCAUAGCAACAGAAGAAGAAGAAGAAGCAGAAGAAGAAGACAGUUAGAGGAUUUUGUUUACCUUUUUCCCACCAUUUCUUGUGGUGGGGAAGGAGGAGAUUUGCAGAGGAGAGACAUGCAUAAGAAGGCUAGAAAGCUAGCGAAUAUGAUUUUACUGGUUAAUUAUUAAUCCUUAAGGAAGCAAAACCUUUUUGUUUUCUCAUUAGUCAAUGUAAUCACAGGAAGAAGUGAAGUAAUUAGGGGGGAGAGCCUUAGGAGCUCUUUCUGUCUCUAGCACAAGAAUGUAAUUACUCCCUUUUUUUAUUUAGAAAAGGGAAAAAAGAUAAUGGUGUGAGGAACUCUUCAGAUGAAUGACCAAAAUGCUACUGAUAAUAAUUAUUAUACAGAAAAUAAACAUCUUUCUGUUUCUUGUUUAAUGCUCAGUGUCUCAUUAUUUUAUUCCUUUCUCUUUCAUUUAGUAUAUAUGUACAUUGUUUGCUCCAGUUGCGAGUUUGACAGAAAUCGUGCAAGAUCGAAUCGCGACCGG